UCUCUUAUAGUUAAAAAAAAGAAGGUGAUUCCAAGACUCCCAACAAGACUCAGAGUCCCAGUUACGACCCGAUAGGAGGCCUGAUGGUUGGUGACAGUUAUAAUUGGUUGUGGAAUAACCCUGUCACGCGUGAGGUCGCCCGCUGCCCGAAGGUCGUCGGCGAUUUGCUGCGCGCGGGAUACUCCAAGGGAUCUGGCCAGGAAGUGGUAACAAAAGUCGUUGAAGUAGUUCCAACAGAUAUGAUCAACAUACCUUCCUAUGCUCGCUGGUUUGUUCGUCUGGCUGGCGUCUCCGGUGCAUCUGCUGUUGCCCUUGGAGCUUAUGGUGCUCAUGUGUUUUAUCGUCGAGAAUAUCCAGAGGAGUUGAAACAGGUAUAUGAGACAGCUAACAGAUACCACUUCUUGCACACACUGGCCCUGCUUGGAGUACCUCUCUGCAGAAGACCAAGAGUGGCUGGGAGUUUGAUUGUGGCUGGCACAGCAAUCUUCUGUGGAACGUGCUAUUACUAUGCUCUGACAGGAUCGAAAAAUGUUCGGCAGUAUACCCCAUAUGGAGGAAUGUUACUGAUUAUUGGAUGGUUGGCCAUGAUUCUUUAGCUGUCAAAUGAUCAAAACGUUUGGAAUGUAUAGCAAGGGAGGGCAGGGAUUGAGGUGUGAUGACAUAUGCAUUUUCUGACUUAGUUUUUUAUUCAUGUCUAUUUUUGCUGACACAGCUUUUGCUUUAUUUUCUUUUAGUAUGAGAGUUUUUAUGGUAUGGUUUGUAAGUCCCUUUUCAUCGUAAUUCAGUUUAGAAGAAAAUGUAAUAAGCGACAGGUAAACAAGUUACUUCCGUUUGUAUAACAAAUUAUGCCAGCAGAGAUCAAUAUUGCUUUUUAAUUUGGGUUAAAUAAAUGUUAUACUUAUUUGAAAUCACUUUAAGUCAGUGGAAAGAGACAUUCUUCAGUUAGUUAUUUCUAAUAUCCAAAGUUAUAUUUCAUAUUAACUGUAGUAUAUAUAUAAUAAAAUAUACAAAACCA